CAGUCAUCCGGGACAGUCAUCGGGGAUAUUCGGUGUCCCCGGGACACCGAAUAACCGCGGGGAUAGUUUCCCUGAGCCCCCACGCUUCCGCAGGUCAAAGGAGGGUUGUACACAAAUUUCCGUUUUAUCUUCACGUGUUGUUAAGACAAACAUUUUCUCAAGACCGACUCAGGCUGUUAUCGAAUCGAAUAAAAAACCGGUUUAAUUUAGUGCCAUCAAAUCAAAUCUUUUCAGUUUUUAUUAAAUAGUUCAAACCCAGUUGAAUGUGGGAAGUUACCUAACACUUAAUAUCCCUCGCCACGUUGCAUUCUGUCAAAUUUGCAAAACCUUAAGUUCAACGUGUUCAUAUUAUGUAGUAAAGCUGCAUAUUCAUAGCCCCUAAUUUCGUUACCAAUACAAAUUCAAUAUUUAAAUAUACAAGAAGUAACAUUUAACAAUUUAACAUAAACUAUGAAAUGCCGCCUAGGAACCAUUUACUCUCCAAAUUCUUAGUUCUUCUGUCCAUAUCACACCAAAUGGUGGACUCCUUCCUAGUCAGCGCAAAUCCUGAAGAUAUCAAAUUUUUCCUCUUCCCACGGGCAGGAAAUAAGACUGAAAUCGUUUGCAAUAAUUCCACCACGCUAAAAAACUCAAGCUAUUUAUGGGGUCACCCAACGGUAAUUAUUGUUCAUGGAUACACCGACAGUAAUGACGACCCCCUCUUAACAGCAAUGAAAGAUGCAUAUCUAGCAACUCGACCCUACAUAAAUGUCAUUAUGGUGGAUUGGUCUAAAUUGUCUACCCCGCCCAUAAUUCCGACACCUUUAACAACGCUGCCAGGAUAUGUGGAAGUCGUUUUAAAAAUUGUUGACAUAGUCGGGGAGCGGAUUGCGUGUUUUAUAAUUUGGCUAAAUAAUGAAAUGGUUCUGGAGUUUAAUGAUGUCCACAUUAUUGGACAUUCAAUAGGAGCACAUGUUGCUGGGGAGACGGGGAAACGAGUUCAAUAUUUAAUGGAUGGUGAAAAAAUUGGACGAUUAACGGGUCUGGACCCUGCCGGACCGCUAUUUUUCCCCUCAGCUCAUGGCAAAAGUCUUGCCCGAGGUGAUGGCCAUUUUGUUGAUGUGAUCCAUACGAAUAUUGGAAUCCUUGGAGGAAAAUGGGCAAUUGGAGAUGCUGAUUUUAUCGUGAACGGAGGAACUUUUCAACCAAAGUGUGAAAUUGGGGAUGUCAUUUUUUUACCAAUUGGUUUUCCUGGAGCGUGUAGUCACAUGUUUGCGAAUCGGAUUUAUACUGCGACGCUGUAUAAAAAUUUUAUGGCAUGUUCCUGUCAAGUAAUAGGAAAUUUGUUGAAGGACAGAUAUUGCGAUCCUCGAUGUAAUAACCCAGUUCUUGUUGGGGCGGAUGUAUCACCAUGGGCACGAGGAGUCUUUCAUAUUGCUGGGGUACAAAAUCCGCCACUGCCACAAGUUUUAUGAGGAAUAACGAUCAAUAAAACCACCAAUAUUUCUAAUUUAUUUUAUGACUCGGAUUAUGAAUUUUUUUAUGUGAAUAGUAUGAAAUGAUAUUUUCCAUUUAGAUAAUAAAUACAACCCUAUUUUU